UCAUUCCAUUUCCUCUCAUGUCUUACUUAUACACUAAGUAUUUAUGGGAUGGAAGAGAAAAAACUCGAUAUCUUCGUCUUCUUCUAUACAUUACUAUUAUUACUAUAUAUGCACACUUAACUCUCCCUUAAACCCAAAUCUGUAACACAGCAAACAUCACUCGAAUUUCUGAGAUACCCACAUGGAGUCUGAGCCAAAUCAAUGCCCUUUGACGGGUUCCUUAGGGAAUUUCGUUGAAAAGGUCAAAAGGGUCGGUACCCUCUUCGUCUCUGCCAUCAUUGGGAACAUUUUAUCUGCGAUCUUGACCUUCUGCUUUGCAUUAGUGGGCACUUUGUUGGGGGCUAUGACUGGAGCCUUGAUAGGUCAAGAGACAGAGAGUGGCUUCAUUCGAGGGGCUGCUAUUGGUGCCAUAUCAGGAGCUGUUUUCUCCAUUGAAGUGUUUGAAUCUUCCAUUGUUCUUUGGAAAUCUGACGAUUCUGGAAUUGGGUGUGCCUUAUACUUGAUUGAUGUUUUUGCAAGCCUGUUGAGUGGAAGACUAGUGCGUGAAAGAAUAGGUCCAGCCAUGUUGAGUGCUGUCCAAAGCCAGAUGGGUGCUGUUGAAAUAAGCUUUGAUGAGGUUCAAAACCUCUUUGAUAUUGGUGUGGCCAAAGGCUUAACGAGAGAUUCAGUUGAAAAGAUCCCAACUAUCACAAUUACAAGUGACAACAAUGUUGAUGCUUCUGGGGACAGAGUUUCAUGUUCUGUUUGCCUCCAGGACUUUCAGCUUGGAGAGACUUGUAGAAGUUUGCCUCAUUGUCAUCACAUGUUUCACCUACCUUGCAUUGACAAGUGGCUGAUCAAGCAUGCUUCUUGUCCAUUAUGCAGAAGGGAUCUGUAAUUUUGUAUAUGAAAAGAUCAAAUCUAGGUUCUUUCAUUUUUUCGACAUAAGGGAAUUUACUGUUAGGAAUGUAUAAUAUUGUUAUAUAUGUAGUAGGAACUAGGAACCAAAAUCCCAUGCGUUUAUUGUUAUAAUUUACUACAAAGAAAAUUUUGACAUAAACC